AUGCCUUCCACUACGUCCGGCCGGAUUGUCAAGACUUCGAGGGGGGUAAAAAAGACCCCCCACCAAAAGAAUCACCGAUGGGAAUCGUUCAGCACCAAAAUCUCGAAACUCCAUUCCCUUGAUCCCCUCCGCAAAGUCCGCCGCCACGACCUCGACGCCGAAGACCUCGAUGCGACGACCUCAUACCUGCGCAAUGGCUUGGGCAAAUGGGCCGAACUCAACAUCUCCCGGCCGUACAUGGCUUUCAAGCGGCAGGUCAACCCCCUCACCGAAUCGCUUGCCCAAAUCCUCUACCAUGAAGACCGCAUCAUGGACCUGCUCUCCGAGUACAUCGCGAAGCACGAGAAAGAAUCUCUCGAACCGCUGCUGGACUUGGUAACAGCAUUCGCCCACGAUCUCGGCGUUCGAUUUGAGAAGCACUACCCUCGCGCUCUCACCCUAAUCGUCAACUUGGCCAACAAAAUCCACGACGUCGAAGUUAUUGAGUGGACCUUUGCCGCCCUGGCCUUCCUUUUCAAAUACCUAUCGAGGUUACUUGUUCCCGAUCUCAGACCGACAUACGAUGCCGUGGCUCCCCUCAUGGGUAAAGCAAGGAACCCUGGCCACAUCGCGCGGUUCGCUGCUGAGGCUAUGAGUUUCCUGGUCAAGAAGGCGUCUGCCCCGGGCCACAAGGACAAGGCGCUGCCUCUGCUGGUAGAACACGUGAGGGAGGAUCUCGAUGGUAUGGUCGGGCAAAAGCAGUUUGAGCUGUACAGCCAGGGCAUCAUGACCAUGUUUGCCGAGGCAAUCAAGGGGGUGGGCGAUGGCAUCCAUUCAACAGGGCCCGAAAUCUUUGCCGCUCUCCAACGGCACGUACCCGAGAAGGAGCUGGAGUUGCCCGAGCAGGCUGUUUGGACGGGAGUCUGUUGCGGCGUGCUCACCAGCAUCAUCCACCAUACCAAUAUGGAUACCUUCAAGGGUAUUGAAACCAGGAUCGUCGAGGAGGCAUCGGAUGGGCGACGCGCAGCGCUGUUCAUCCAGAUUUUGGGGACCAUGGUCGGUGUGCGGAAGGGUACCCGCGUCCACGAUUGGGCAACCCUUGUGAAGGCACUCGGCCAGUUGCUCGGCUCUUUCGCCGCCCAGAGGGAGCAGAUUGAAGCCAUGGAUCCCUCGCAAGUAUGGCGAAGAAUCAUCGUCAACACCGCGGUUGUCUGGGGUCAGGCCCCCAUCGAUGCGCUUCUCCCUGCCUUAUCCGCCUUUAACGGGAUUAUGACCAAGGAACCUCUAAUGCGUUGGUAUAUUCUCUUUUGUUCCUAUUUGGCCGAUCUCAACUCGGAGAGAUUCCGUGGCUUAUUCAUGAAGGACUUCCAAAAGUUCAUUGUUGCGCAUUGGUCCCUGUGCGCAAACGAAGACGUGCUCUGCGUACUAUUGCCGCGUAUGGUGGAAGCUGGCGGACUCCCAACCCCUGGAGAGAAAGAGACCUUCCAGCUCCCACAAUCUUGGCAGGAUCAGAUUGUUAGCAAGUUUGUCAGGCUCGGGGACACCCCUUUCCCGGAGAGCGGCGGGUUCGGCAAGGAUCCAGAAACCUGGAGAGACAAGUGCUUACCGAAAUACUCGGCACGCUUGCGUGUCUUGGAGGCGACCUCGGUACAUCCUUCCACGAAUGCCAGGAUAGCCGAGGUUUUGCUCAAGAAGCUGAAGCUUGCUCUCCGACCAUCUUCGUCGCUGCCUACCGACGAGGCACAUUUCAUCCUUAGCGAUGGCUUUCGCGCCUAUCUCCGGAUGUGUGCUGCUGCCGGCUCCAUUGAUCUAAGCUUGGCGCCAUUGCUGAGGGCCGCCGCGCCACGAUUCUGCCGUUCCCCAGCUUUUCUCGAAGCUCUGUUGGAUUACGAACGCGAAGUUAGCGGGAAAGUCCAACGGUCUCCGGUAACCAGCAAUGGCGACAACCAGCAGGAGGAAGAAGACCCUCUGCUGAGGUGUCUGACCGACAACCUCUCCACUCCGUCCCACGAACUCCGACUUGCUUCCCUCAAGAUCCUCGAAAUUUUGGAGUUCACCCCUGACUCCAAUUCGGCUCUGGCCGCCAUGAUCCAGGUGGAAGAAUUACCCCUGAACCUCCAGAGUGUGCGGACUAUCGCAGUCCAUCUCCGCAAACUCAGUCAAGUGUAUUCUCACAUUGACCAGGAAUCUUGGCUGAUGAGAGCCAUUCCGACAUACUUGUUUGGCAUGACAACUGUACCCCUGUCGCCGGUUUGGGAUGAUGCUGUCGAGGCAAUGAAGAAGGUGGCAGAGAGAAAACAAGGGGAAGAGGUCUUGGCCGAGAUCGCCUUCGAAUGGUUAGCAGUACCAGCCCCGCAAUGGACCGGGCCCUACAAGCCGCCGGCGGAGGACAGUCACAAGGCUCUGACCAAUUUUGACUGUCUGAAUAUGAUGGCCCUAAACGAAAGUGCUAACGGCACGGGAAGCGUCAUGGACGACCCCUCUCAAGAUAUGCUGAGCGCUUUUGAAGAGGGCCAGAAGAUUAUCGAGUCGCCCACGGAUAGAGCACGUGGAAAGGCACUCAAAGCGUUCACUGCCUUGCCUGUUUUGGCCGAGAAGCGGUCCAGAAAGCUAGUGCCGUAUCUAUUUUCGUUCACCGACGAGGGUGAGACGCAGUCGGAAGAGGCUGAAAGCGAUGCCGAAGAAUCGCCAGAAAGCAGCUGGUCUCUCCCCGACCGGAAGGCCCUCGUCGGGGUAUUUGCGCAGUUCAAUAACCCCCGAGUCCUUUACGAGAGCCAGAAGGUAUUCCGGGCUCUACUGAAGCUACUGGCAAAUGGUGAUAUCGAACUUCAAAAAAUGGCUCUCAAGUCGAUUUUGGCUUGGAAGAAUGACUCGAUCAAGCCGUACCAAGAGCACCUCGAAUAUCUCCUCGACGAGGCGAGGUUCAAGAACGAGCUCACCGUUCUUUUCCAGGGCGACAACCAAAUCCGGCCCGAGCACCGUCCGGAGGUCAUGCCAGUCCUCCUCCACCUUUUGUACGGCCGAACUAUCUCGAAAAAGGGCGUGGCGAGUGGCCGGCAUGGCCUUCACGCAACACGCCUCGCCGUCAUCCGGCAGCUCAACGUCGAUGACAUGGGUAGUUUUCUUGACAUUGCCCUCGGCGAGCUUCGUAGCAUCCAGGUGGUUGAUGCUAAUGGGCUCCGCGAAAGUGUGUUGGCUCACGAGGCUCUUCCAGUCCGGAAGCAAGUCGGCCUUCUCAACAUGAUCGAGUCCAUUGUUAAUGAGCUUGGGACGAGUGUGUCGCCGUACAUGGAACCUCUUGUCAACGCCGUUCUCUAUUGUCUCUUCUUUUCCUGCCGCCAACUUGGCUCUAGCUCGGAGGAGCAGGAUGCUGAGGAAUCCGACGACCAGACCCAGAAUGCUUCUUUGUUCAGGGUUGUGCGUACAACAGCGCUAAAGUCUCUGUCCAAGUUGUUUCAAAACGCACCGGAAUUCGACUGGGUCCGGUAUCAGGAUGUGAUGGUGAAGGAGGUCAUUAGUCCUCGGAUCGAUAAGCUCCCAGCCGAGACGACGCAGGGCGUCUCUGCUACCUGGAAGCUCCUCAGCACCUGGGCCACCCUCUCCAAGACCGCGUUGUUUCUCUCCGUCGAUAAGAGAGUCCUGCCCAAGAUUGUCGAAACUCUUGGGAUCGAGAAGGCCAAGGAUGAAGUCAAGGUGUUUGCGCUUGAAAUUCUCAAGAGCCUCAUCAACCUUGCCCAAGCCCCUGCCACCGAGUCCGAGUUCAAUGAUCGUAUCAAGUCUGAGCUCUUGGUCCCGAACAUCGAUCUUAUGCUCAAGAAGAUCGGCGGUCUACUGCGCGACCAACCCGAUAUUGGCCGGGAUUUAUUGGGAACCGCAGUCGAUACGGUCGUGCUUAUUGCACCUAUCGUAGAGACAUCGACCAGUGUCCAAGACAUGGUUGAGAUCGCCACAUUCCUGCUUAACCAACCACUGCGCAAAGUUAACCCCAAAAUAAAGGGGUCGAUUCUGUUGAUUCUGAAGCAAUUUAUUGUGCUCGAAGACCUUCAGAGUAAUGCGGAGUUGAAGAGCAAGGUUUACGGCACCAUCGCUUCGUUGUUUGGAUUCUUCAAAGAUCAGCAAAAUAGGCAAAUGCUUGCUGAAGUUCUCGAGGUCUUUGCCGCACGAGAGACAUGGGCGCAGGAAGUGGCUGGGAUUUGCCGCGAUCUCAACUCUUACGUCGUCCGGCGUUUGGAUCGACCAGACUACAACACCCGGCUGUCAGCCUUCACCUUAAUCACCAAGGACCGCGAUGCACCGUUCACAAUUGAUCAGUGGAAGCCUCUCAUUCACAACCUUCUCUACUACAUUCAACAGGACGAGGAGUUCGGUGUGCUUUCUUCCAACGCUGCUGACGGUCUCUGCAAGUUCAUCUCGGCAGCUGAAGAGGCUUGGACGAGCCCACAGCAGGCUGCCUUUGUGGAGAUUCUGUCAGACAUAAUAUUGCCGGAAAUUUACUCAGGGGCAAGAGAAUCCUCAGAGACAGUGCGCCGCGAGAUCCUGCGCCUAUUCGGGUUCCUCGUUGCUCACCUACCGAAGUGGGAGCCGGUUGCUGAUCUUGUCCCCUUGGUGCCCGUGUCUGAUGACUCGGACCAAGCUUUCUUCUUCCAUGUCUUGAGCCCGGCAGUCUCGCGUCAGCUCCAGGCCCUGCGGUUGCUCGAGGCGGCGAACGACAAGAGCGAGCUGCGCAGCAAACAUAUCAGCCAGUUCUUUAUCCCCCUCUUCGAGCACUUCAUCUUUGAUCGUCCCGAGGGCGGCGAUGACCAAGAGUGGCACCAAUACCGGGCCAUAUUUCGGAGAUUUGUGUCAUACGUCGAAACUAAGCCGGACUGGAAAAAGCGCGUUAUUCGCCUUCUAGAGAAAGAAGUGGACGCCUUGUGCACGGCCGCCUCCCAGAGGCCGGGUGAUGCCAUGGAUGUCGAUGGGGAGGCGGCUGACGCGAAACCCCGUCGGCUCGCUACUACACUUCCGAACCAGGAGAAACUCGGCGUGGAGAUCAUCAACAGCUUCCUGCCCACACUGCUGAAGUACAUCCACGAGAAGGAUGAGACCACGGUCAGCGCCAGAGUCCCGGUAGGAGUGAUUAUUGCCAAGCUCCUUAUCCUCCUUCCGGAGGAGCGCCUCAACGAGAAGCUCCCGAGCGUGCUCACAGACAUCUCCCACAUUCUCCGGAGCAAGGCGCCGGAGUCUCGGGACAUGGCUCGUGAUACCCUUGCCAAGAUCUCCGGCAUCCUAGGCCCCGACAAGCUCGAGUUCAUCCUGAAGGAACUGAGGGGUGCUCUAGUGAGGGGCCACCAGCUGCACGUCCUCUCUUACACGCUGCAUUCCAUCCUGUUGGUCGUCAUUCCAACGUACAAACAAGGCGAUCUUGAUUAUUGCUUACCCUCCAUCAUGUCCGUCAUCAUGGAUGAUAUCUUUGGGGUCGCAGGCCAGGAAAAGGAUGCUACAGAAUACGUGAGCAAGAUAAAGGAAGUGAAGAGUAGCAAGAGCCAGGACUCCAUGGAGUUGAUUGCGAAGACUGCCUCCAUCACACGUCUUGGCGAUCUCACCUUCCCGCUGCAAUCCCUUCUCAUGGAGAAGCUCGACGUACGCACCACCCGGAAGAUCGAUGAACUACUUACCCGCAUUACAAAGGGUCUCCUGGAGAAUCCGGCGGCUGCCUCACAGCAGAUCCUUGUGUUUUGUUACGAAGUCGUUCAAGAAGUGUACAAGAGCCAGAAGCCAGACGCUGAGCCCAAAAUUGACCCCCGGCUCAAGAGAUACCUCGUUCAGAGAGCCGCCAAGAAGAGCGACGGGGGCGUUACCAGCAAACGCACCUAUAAACUCAUUAGGUUUGCGAUCGAUAUCCUCCGGGCCGUCUUCAAGAAGCACGACGGCCUCCGCACUCCUGGGAACGUCGCUGGGUUUCUGCCCAUCCUAGGCGAUGCGGUGUUGUCAGCAGAAGAGGAAGUCAAGAUUGCAUCCUUCAAGCUUCUCAACGUCCUGGUAAAAGUACCCUUCAAGAACGGCGAUUCUAGCAACCUAUACAAGGUCGCGCACAAGGAAGCGAUUAAAGCCAUCUCCAUGUCACCAACCACCACAUCCGACUUGGCCCAGUCAGCACUCAAGCUCAUCUCCGUCGUCCUCCGAGACCGCCGCGAGAUUCCCAUGAAGGACGCCGCGUUGGAUAUGCUACUCACCAAGCUUAAGGACGACCUGACAGAACCCAUGUACCGACACGUCACAUUCAGCUUCCUUCGGUGUGUCCUCGACCGCAAACUCGAGACGGCGUCGGUGUACGACACACUCGACCACGUCGGCACCAUCAUGAUCACCAACGACGACAAGGACACGCGGGACCUGGCUCGCGGUGCCUUCUUCCAGUUCCUGCGCGAGUACCCACAGAAGCGGAACCGGUGGGAGAAGCAGCUCAAGUUUAUUGUAGCCAACCUUAAAUACGAGCGCGAGGGCGGCAGGCUGUCGGUGAUGGAGGUUAUCAACCUCUUGCUGAAGAAGUCGGCGGACGAGUUCACCCAGGAGGUGGCGGCAACAUGCUUCAUUCCCUUGGUGUUCGUUCUUGCGAACGACGAUAGCGAGAAGUGCAGGCUGGCGGCAGGCGAGCUGAUUAAGGAAGUCUUCCGGGUGUCGGAUAAGGAGCGGCUGUCUAAGUUCUUGACACUUUUGCGGUCGUGGGUGGUGCAGAAUGGGAAUCCAGCGGUGCUGAAGCUGGCUCUGCAUGCAUUUGGGCUCUUCUUUGAGGGCCGGGAGCCGAGCCCCAAUGAUAACAAGGACGUUAUGCUUGUUACCGGCAAGUUGGUGGAAGUGCUCGGCGACGAGGAAGCGCUCGAGGCUGACUGGGAACUGGCCAACAUUGCAUUGACAACGGUUCAGACGCUUGUUCACAAGCAUCCGCACAAGGUCCUGGCGCCAGAGUCGGAUGAGUUGUGGUCCGAGGUCCAGGCAUGCCUGGCCCACUCGCAUACCACCGUCAAACUGAGCUCCACCAAGCUGCUCAGCAUGUACCUAGCUGAUUUCGCGCGGAAUGCCGGCAAGGGCCAGAAGCUGCCGCUGACAGGGUCACAUGGUUUGAAGCUUGCUGAUGACGAUGUCAACGACUUGGUCAGGCUAUCGCUCGGAAUCCUCUCCGCACCGGAAGUCGACGAGGCACUUGCCCAAGAAGCCGUCCAGAUAAUCCUGUUCCUGGGCGGCUUCCUCCAAUCAGAAAAAGACGAGGACGAGGACGAGGGCGAUGAAGAAGACGAAGAUGAAGACAACGAUGCCAAGGAGUCCGCGCAACACGCCGACAUGAAGUAUCUCUUCUGGAAGCUCUCCUCGAUCAUCCGCAAAGAGCGCCAACCCAGGGCUGAGAUGCUCGUCAGCAAGCUCGCAGCCAUGGAACUAAUCGAGGCCUUCGCCGUCAAAACGCCGACCGACACCCUGCUGGCUUCGGUCAAGACCAUCCUCCGGCCGCUGCGCAACCUGACAGACCCGUCGAUCCGCCAGCCGUUCUCGCUCAACGAGGUGUUCAAAGCGCGCUUCGAAACCCUCAAGUCCAAGGCGCAGGCUAUCAUGGAGACACUGCAGCGGCGGCUGGGCAACGCCGAGUACACCAAGGCCCUGCUGGCAGUGGGCGAGCACAUCCGCGAGAGGCGGCAGCAAAGGUCUAGCAAGCGCAAGAUUGGGGCGCUGACGGCGCCGGAGAAGCAUGGGCGGGAGAAGCGCAAGAAGUUUGAGAAGAAGAAGGAGAAGAGGAAGGUUAGGGGUCAGGAGCAGAGGGAUCAUAGGCAGACCUUCCAGUAG